GCGAGGCCGAGCGGUUCAGUGCUCGCUCGCCGGCGCGGCUACACGCGCGUGUCACUCCGCGUGUGUUACAAAACAAUCGUAGGCAUAAACAAUCGCGAGAACAUUCGGAAAUAAACAAAAGAAAGGCCCUUCAACUUAGUACAUAUCCCACCAUGUCCCGGUAGCGCCGUCCACCAUGUCUGACCGGUCCAUGGGCGCGUCCCGCCUCAUGGGACGGGAUCACCUGUCCCACCUGCCACAGCGGCCGCCCGUCAACCUGAGCUUUCAAGACUUGACCUACACCGUCACUAAUGGGAAACGUUCAAAGAUAAUCCUGCGCAGCAUCAAUGGCGAGUUCCGGUCGGGCCAGCUGACCGCCAUCUUGGGACCCUCGGGGGCCGGCAAGAGCACGCUGCUUAACAUCCUCGCGGGUUACAGAGUCAACGGUGCCAGUGGAAUGAUAUGCACCAAUGGGGAGCCUCGUAAUCUGAAGCAGUUCAGGAAGCUAUCCCGGUACAUCAUGCAGGAGGACCUGCUCCAGCCUUUUAUUACGGUACACGAGGCCAUGCUCAUUGCUGCCGAUCUGAAGCUUGGGACUGGUAUCAAUAAGCAGAAGAAACUUGUCAUUGUAGAAGAAAUAGUCCAGCUGCUAAGGCUAGCAAAAGCAAGGAACACAGCGACCGAGAGGCUAUCGGGCGGGGAGCGGAAGCGUCUGUCCAUCGCGUUGGAGCUACUCAACAAUCCCCCAGUCAUCUUCCUCGACGAGCCAACUACAGGGCUAGACGACGUAGCUUCAUCGACCUGCGUAUCACUCCUGAAGCGGGUGGCGCGAGGAGGUCGCACCGUGGUGUGUUCCCUCCACACUCCCUCCGCACGGCUCUUCGCGGAGUUCGACCACGUGUACGUGGUGGCAGACGGCAGGUGUGCCUAUCAGGGCACCUCUGGUGGCGUGGUGCCGUUCCUAAAUGAACUCCAGCUUCCAUGCCCGACUACUUAUAACCCUGCUGAUUUUAUAAUAGAAGUAUCCAGCGGGGAGUAUGGUCCACACGCCGAUAGAAUGGUGGCAGCCGUCGAGAACGGCAGGUGCCAGCGGUGGCGAGACUUCGCGGCGGACGAGGCGGUCUUCGAAGACCUGGAGUUAGAACAGCUGAACGCUGGAGGAGUGGUGGAGAAGCACAGCUAUAAGCACGGCAGCACGGCGUGCGAGCAGUUCUUGGUGCUGCUACGACGGAUGCUGCUACAGACGGUUAGAAAUAAGGGCUACCUGUGGCUGCGGGUGGGGCUGCACCUGUUCCUGGGCUUCAUCGUGGCGCUGCUGUUCUUCCAGAUGGGCUACGACGCCUCCAAGACCAUCUUCAACUUCGGCUUCUGCUACGCCUGCAUCAUCGCCAUGCUGUACAUCCCUAUGAUGCCUGUUCUGUUGGCGUUUCCCAAAGAAGUUCAACUAGUGAAGCGAGAGUACUUCAACCGGUGGUACGGGCUGAAGCCUUACUACGCGGCGCUGGUGGUCUCCCGGACACCAGCCACCAUAUUCUUCAGCCUCAUCUACCUGGGGAUCACGUAUCCCCUCACCUCGCAACCCAUGGAAUUGCCCAGGGUGUUGAUGUUCACCGCGAUUUGUAUCAUGGUGGCUUUAAUAUCAGAGUCGAUGGGCACCGUGAUAUCGUCUAUGUUGAGUGUUGUUAACUCCGUGUUCCUGGGCCCAGCUCUGAGCGUGCCUCUCAUGCUGCUUGCGGUGUACGGCAUCGGCUACGGCGACGUGCCCCCGCCUAUAGUGUGGAAGCUGGCUCGCUCGUGCUCGUUUCUGCGGUACGGGAUCGAAGGGCUGGUGGCGGCCAUCUACGGCCCGCCGAGGGAGGAUCUGAUAUGCCCGGACCAUGUGGACUACUGCGAGUACAAGAAUGUCAAUUAUUUCAUCAAACUAAUGGGGAUGUCUGGCGUGUCCUUCUGGGCGGACUUCGGCGUUCUGACGCUGAUGCUGCUCGGUAUGAACCUGGCCGGCUACUACCUGCUGCGGCAGCGCUUGUCGCCCAACUACGCCUUCAGGGCCAUCAAGGUCAUCGGCAGCUUCAUCAAGACGAAGAUGAGCGGGAGCUACCACUGAUGUAUAGAUCAUCAUUUCAGCCAUUGGACGUCCACUGCUGAACAUAGGCCUCGCCAAAUGAUUUCCAUGUUAAUUGAUUGGUUGCGGCUUGCGUCCGGCGCCUUCUGGCUACCUUUAUGAUGUUGUCAGUCCACUUUGUGGGUGGGCGUCCCAUGCUGCGUUUUCCGUAUAGACAGUACGUCAAGCUAAAGACGGUAGCAUCUAUUCACUUAGUAAUAGAGGCGGAUUUUUCAACAACAAAGUAGUCUGUUGACUGUACCUUAUUCUUAACACCUUCACUGUCCACAAGACACAAUACUAAAAAUAAGGUGUGAAUUUUAAUGUGUAAUACAUGGACUGUAAACCUACCCAGUUAAUUAUGCAAUAGCAAUUCCGUAGAUUCUAAUAAAGAAGACCAUGAAAAGCUUAAGACACGUCUGGAUCUUUCUAUAAGUUUAGAAUAAGUACACUUAUUAGUUAGAUGAGCAAGCUCAACGUUCUAGUACUUGAUUCGGUUUCCAGAUAAGUGUGAUAUUUGUACUUUAAUUUCUGUAAUAUUUAAAAUUGUUUUAAGUAGGAUGUUUAAGGGAAUCAAAAUGGUGAUAGCUCGCGGCGCGAGUGUAGCUGUAUGUAAUUUAAGACUGAUACUUGAUGAAUAUUUUGAGAAAUUGUCUAUUAAAUAAAGAACACUAGAAUUUGAAUUUAUUUAACAAGUCAAUUCGUUAAGAAAAAAUGUAGACCAAAAAGUUCAUGAAAAUACCUGUUUUAGAAUCGUUUGUACAAAAUGUAAUAAGCAUCACAAUAAUAAAUAGAACUUGUCAUCACAAUUUUAUCUUUAUGUUUAGAACAAUACAUUAUAACUUUAUAAUUAUAAAGCAAUAAAAAUGGUUUCUGUAACUAACUUAAUACUCUUUGUAAAUUAUUAUAUUUUAAGAUUAAUUUACUUUUGUACUGUGUGAGAAUUGUCUGUCAGGGUUAUGGGAACAUAAUGAGCGAGAUGCAAAAAAUAAACUCUUUUGCUCGUCAA